AUGGAGGAUUCAUUGAGGGAUUGGGUUUCUCAAUUGGAAAUGGAAGAACAAGAUAUGUUGAAUAAUCAAAGUUUUAGUUCAUUUGAUGAGCAAGAGUUCUUAAGAGAGAUCCUUCAACACCCAGAAAAUUUCUCCCCUGAAUGGGAGCAAUAUCCCUCCCCUUGUUGCACAAUCCAAAACAAUAACAUUAGUGUUGAAGGUGGUGCCACAAGCCCCACCAAUAGCACUUUGUCCUUUGAUGAGACAAGCCUUUGUGGGAAUGAUGGCACCCUCCACAAAAGUAACAGCUCCAACUCUAUCAAGUCUUUGGAGAGAUGUGUUUGUUCUCCAGCUGCUUACCUUCUCUCUUUUGAUAAAUCAACUGCUGAACCAAUUAUCCAUCAUUCCCCUAAGCUUAAUUCAGCAUUUGGAUCUAAUAAAAGGGCUGUAGUGAAAGAUGGGUCUGAAUUAGAAUCAAGGGUGGGUCAAACAAGAAAGAAAGUUAGAGGGUCAUCUGAGACACAUGAUCACAUAAUUGCUGAGAGGAAAAGAAGACAGGAACUCACAGGGAGCAUCAUAGCACUUUCAGCAACAAUUCCUGGGCUGAAGAAGACGGACAAGGCUUAUGUACUUCGAGAAGCUGUCAAUUACACGAAACAACUUAAAGAGCGAAUUAAAGAGUUGGAGAAUCAAAACAAAGAUAAGAGAGUAGAUUCAACAAUAUUCAUCAAGAAAUCGCAAGCCUCCUCAGAUAAGAGCAUUGGCAAAUGUGAAAAGAACACAGAAUCACUAUUUGAGGUUGAAGCAAGAGUCCUAGAGAAGGAAGUACUCAUUGGAAUCCAUUGUGAAAAACAAAAGGACAUAGUGUUCAAAAUACACGUCUUGCUUGAAAAGCUUCAUCUCUCUAUUACAAGUAGCAGCGCAUUGCCAUUUGGAACUUCUACUCUUAUAAUCCACGUUAUUGCUCAGAUGGGUGAUGAAUAUAGCAUGACAAUGGAUGACCUUGUGAAAAAUCUGAGAGAAUCUCUGUUAGAGGCAUAG